AUGACUACUGGUAGUUUUCUUUCUGUACGCAGUCGAGUUGCGGCUGGAAGUUUACGCACAAUGUGUGCUAUUUACCUCGCGAAUGCCGGUCCUAUUCCCGUACCAACUACCUCGUGUUCCGACGGGCGCCCAACCGCCUUUUCUUCUAGCACGCCCGUGAAUGGCUCAACACCAAAUCAACUUCUAUCAGGACAACCUCCCGCAAAAAACGUCACGCGUUCCUCUUCAUUCUCUUUCACCCCUCCCGUCAAUGAUCCAGCUUCGACCAACCUUCCGCAGAAGUUUCCAGCGGAAAAACACGCCGCCUCAGGGUAG